AUGGCCCGAAAAGAGAUGCCGACAUCGGAGAAGAAGAAGUUCGAGACAGAUCGCAAGGCAAACUACAGGGCCAGGAAAAAGGCUGAUGCAGGAAGAGGCGCGGGAUGCGAGAAAGAGAGAACAAGAUGCCGAUCGACAGCAGAAGAUUCGAGACAAAAAAAGGUUGAAACGGCAGCGGGGCGAAGAGGAGAAGGGAAAGGCAGGGGGGGGGGGAAGGCAUUCGACGCCGAACAGGCGAUCCUUUUCGGCGAUCCUUCGAGAUACAACCUCCUGAAGCUAGUCAGGUCGAGUUCCGGGGCAAAUCGACCAAAUAAAGGUCUGAAAAGAUUAGAGCACCUCUACAAGGGAACUCCAGCCACAUGCCAUGGGCCAAACAAAACAUUUACACUUGUGGAUCAAAAGGGGCUAGUCGAACUUCUAGAGAAGAUAAAGUUGCCGGGUUUGAUUCUUCUAGUCGACGAAGAAUGGAAGGAAAGUCGACCAGUUCAGACUACGCAAGAUAUACUAAAUGCUUAUAAGGGGGGCGGAAAUAAUACGAUCAAUAUUCAGUAUAUGGACCUGGUCCAGUCAAUAGUCUCUCCUCGGAUAACAAUGGCUAGAGAACUCGCUACGAGUUUCGAGGCUGCCCGCGGUGGUCUCGUAAUAAAACCGCUAAAUCUACUUAGCAUAUCCGACCCCGCGGAAGGCAUUACUCCCCCUGGUUUCGCCAAAAGAUUCGACUUGCUUUCUGCCAUAUGCCUGGCUCUCAGGGAAGGAAAAACUGCAGAGAUUCGGAGUAAGAUGGUAAAGAAGGCUAUAUCAGAGAAAAGAAAGUGCGGUCUGGAGGAUUGCUUGACGUGGGCUCUGCUAGGACAGGCAGGAAGCUUUACCGGAUGGCAUGUGGAUAAUUCGGCAGUUAUAAUAUGGGUUACUCUUAAAGGAGCUAGGGAGUUCAAUAACGGAGAACCCAGGCCGCUCUCUCUAAAGCAUUAG